AUGAAUCAACAUGCCCAUAGCAAUUCAGCUGAAGGUGGUGCUUCUAUCAGUACGGAAGUUCAUUUGAGUAGUCCAUUUGGUAGCGUUGGCGCAAAGGCCAGUGCUAGCGCUUAUGGAGAACAGCAGACAGUUCAUCUAAUGCUCUCUACAAUCAACUGGAUCAAACAACACAUAAUCAAUUUUCAUCAGAUGAUAUUCAACCUCAGGCUCUCUCUCUCUCUCUCUACAUCAUCAGAUGGUUACCGUUCUCAUUCCAUUAAUGAUCCUGGUCAUGAUCAUGGUGGUCGGACAGGAACCGAUGGACGUUUUGGUGGAGGUAGGUGGGGAAUGACAACUAAAAAUCACGGUAGCGACCAAUCUUCUCAUUCUCAUGCAAUACCACGUGGUCAAACCAAUAUCACAAUUAAUUAUGCUGAUUCUCAUACUAAUACGGUUAACCAUAGCUUUACAGGCUCUGUGGGACUUGGGCAAAAAUUCAGCUAG